AUGGCCCGACCACUGAGAGAAGUACUGGUGAACCCGAAAGUGGUAAGAGGUCUGCAGGAACACCCUGGUACCUACAGGUUCGAGGGCGGAGCUUCAAUGGUGGUGUCUGCCGUUCACUGGCCACCUCACGUAGUAGUAACAGAAGACGCUAGUGGACGCCUCUCCAUUGAGGGGCCCUUGGCUAACCUCCUGGACACCCUCGCUGCCUCCCUCAACUUCACGUACCAUAUAGUGAAACCAGCAGAUGGCUCCUGGGGCGCAAAGUUCAAGAAUGGCACCUGGUCUGGCAUGGUUGGCCAAGUGCUACAACAGGAGGUGGACAUCGCUCUGGGGCCAUUUGGCAUCACUGAGAGCAGGAGUAAAGUGGUCGACUUCACCCGCUCUUUCUACUUCGACGACCGCAGCAUCCUGGCAAGGAAGGGCGCUCCUGAGGUUGACCCCUGGGGUUUCAUGCAUCCCUUCACAGAGAUGGUGUGGUGUGCACUGCUGCUGACGCUGUUCCUAGCCUGGCUAUCUCUCGUUGUGCUUGGUCGUGACCACAAAGGUUACGGUCACAUCACGUGGGCUUCGAACCUCCUCUUCCAGCAGCUAAGAGUGCUCAUCCAACAAGACGCACCAGUGAAGUUGUUCCGCGGGCGCGAGCGUUUCCUGGUGGGUGGGUGGGUGGUGGUGGCUAUGAUGCUGGUCUGGAGCUACCAGAGCACCCUGGUGGCAUUACUGGCGGUGCGAUAUAUACCCCAACCCAUACGGAGUAUCAGGGACGUCGUGAACAACCCCUCCCUCACCGUCAUCAUGGAGCCCAACACCAUUGUCACCGACACUAUCUCCACAAUCAAGUUCGGUGAUUUGAAGGAGCUGAACGACCUAAAGUACAUUGGUCGUGUGGAUUACCAGCCAGCAUCCAACUUUCCCCAGGCUCUAGAUAAUCUGGUGAGGCGCCACACACACGUCAUCAUCAGCACCAGCCUCUCCUCUGACCUCUUCAUUGCUGACCUCUACGCCAAAACAGGAAAGUGCGACUUCUACAAGGCGCGACAGACCUUUUUCACCUCGACUCACUGUAUCAUUGGACAAAAGGGCAGCCCGAUCGUGCCAGUCAUCAGCUAUCGGAUUCGACCCUUAGUGGAGUCGGGGUUGUACGUCUACUGGUUGUUCCGAAACAUUCAUUUCCUCGCCAGCUGCAAGGCAUCACCCUCCAAGAUCACCGUCAGGGAGGCUCUCUCUCUCAGUAACCUCUUGGUAAGCUUAAUUUACUUUCAUUCUAAGACCUUUGAGUAGUUACUGGCUUCUCUCCAAUUGUCAUGCAAGAACCUUGAGUGAUUACAACCGGUGCCCCGUCACUCAGUCACUCAAGAGUAUUAAGUUUCUUCUGGGUUACUGUCACUUGUAUUCACUCAGACAUCACCAUUCGCUCGCACACUAGCUUAUAUACCGGUAUUAUGAAAUUCUAAGUAGCAACAACAUUAACUUUAAGUACACUUUCAUUCUCUGAAAUAACCAAACGUACACUCAACAAUCAACACUCACCAUAUACAUUCAACAUUCACCAUAUACACUCAACAUUCACCAUAUCCACUCAAUCAACAUUCACCAUAUACACUCAG